AUGAAGUUAACUAUUUUAUUAACUAGUUUUAUUGCCGUGGGUACGGCAUUCCCCCUCGCUAACUGGAAAUGGAGUGAUUUUCAAACUUUAGAAGCAAACGAACCCAGAUUAAUCAAGUUGGGUCCGGAAGAAUACCAAUUGGUUACUGAAUCUAAGAAGUUAGAAUACAAAAGACUGAAUACCAAGUUCAUUGAUGUUACUAAUCAGAUUCCUAUCGAUGAAGCCAUCAAGAAUGGAAUGAUUGAGCUGUCUUCUGUUGAUCGUUGGACGAGGGCUUUGACAUUAGGCACUGAGCAAUUGAAGCAAUUGAAUAAACCGGUUCCAGACUAUAAGUACCCAACUACAUUUGAGCACACGAAAGAGAUCAAAAAUAUUUACGAACGUAUAGACACUGACUUAAUGCAUGAAAAAUUAACUACAUUUACUUCAUUCUUCACCAGGUAUUACAAAUCGUCGACAGGGUUUGAAAGUGCCAAAUGGUUGAAAAAGGAAAUAUUAAGCAUUGUUGAACCUGUGAAGGACAGUGGUGUGGGUGUAAAGGAAGUCAAGCAUGAUGGAUGGGACCAAUUUUCGAUCAUAGUUAGUAUACCAGGAGAAAAUAGUGAGAAGGUUGUGAUUGGAUCGCAUCAAGACUCGAUAAAUUUAUUGUUCCCCAGUUUAUUAAAAGCCCCUGGUGCUGAUGAUAACGGUUCAGGCACAGUUACUUGUUUGGAGUCGUUGAGAUUGAUUGCUGGUGGAUUGGUCAAUGGCUUUAAGCCAAAAAAUACCCUUGAGUUUCAUUUCUAUUCUGCAGAAGAAGGUGGUUUGCUUGGGUCGAUUGACGUUUUCCAUGAAUACUCUAAAAACAAGGAAAUCGUUAUCGGAAUGCUUCAACAAGAUAUGACUGGGUACACUUCCAAGACAAUUGACGCUGGUGUUGAACCACAUUUCGGGUUGAUUACGGACUACACAUCGGUAGGACUUAAUGAUUUCAUCAAGCUCAUCAUUAGCGAAUAUUGUGAUAUUCCUUAUCACGAAACUGCCUGUGGAUACGCCUGUUCAGAUCACUCAUCUGCCAUUGAAAAUGGGUAUCCUGCAAGCUUUAUUAUCGAAAGCGAAUUCAAAUUAAGUAACAACUAUAUCCACUCUGUCAUGGAUACGAUUGAUAGACUAGAUUGGGACCAUAUCAAGGAGCAUGUCAAGUUAACGGUUGCAUUUGCUUAUGAAUUGAGUAUGGCUGACAUAAAAGUUUGA